AUGGACGAUGCAAGUGGGGCGGCAAAGGGGGGCCAGGGCUUACAGCAUGACAAAAUAAAGUACGAAUUUUCAAAUGUAAAAUACACAGUAGAUCAUGGAAAGCUAGAAAUAUUGCACGGAAUUAAAGGUAUGUUAUUACCUAAAACGAUAACAGUUAUAAUGGGUCCGAGUGGAAGUGGUAAAACAACCUUAUUAAAUAUUUUAUCAUUGAAAGUAACAGAUGGUGUUCAAGGGAAAUUUCUAAUUAAUGGUAUGAAUAGAACAAAACAUAUAAAAAGCCAUAUGGGUUAUGUGUUACAAGAUGAUUAUUUUUUUUCAAGACUAACAGUAUAUGAAACCAUCGAAUUUACAGCUAAAUUAAAAUUAGAUAUAAGAGACAAAAAUAAAUUAACCCAGUUAGUUAACUCUGUUUUAGAUAUUAUGAGUUUAAGUCAUGUAAAGGAUACUAUUGUAGGAGAUGCAUUUAUAAGAGGAAUAAGUGGUGGUCAAAGAAAAAGGUUGUCUAUUGCAAAUGAAAUAUUAUCAAAUCCUCCUUUGCUACUAAUGGAUGAACCAACGAGUGGUUUAGAUUCAUCAUCUGCUUUAUCAUUAGUAGAAUGUAUUCAAAGAAUAGCUACCAUGUCAAAUACGACAAUAAUUUCUUCAUUACAUCAACCAAGUAGUCAAGUUUUUGCAAAGUUUGAUAGACUAAUUGCUAUUACCAAUGGAUAUAUCAUAUAUCAUGGGAAAACAACAGAACUAAAUAAAUAUUUAAAAAAAAUUGGGUUUAUUUGUCCUUAUGGAUGGAAUGUAGCUGAUUACUUAAUGGAUAUAUUAUGUAAUAACAAAUUUGAAAUCAUAUUAUUAGAAAAUUACAAUAAAUUCCUUCAGUUUGAUAAUGAAGAGGGGUAUUUUAUGAACAUAAGUGCUAUUAACAAUACAGUGAUUCAUGAUGAUUACGAUGCUUCUAUGGAAAGGGAGUUAAGUGCAGCAGAGUUGAAGCAAAAGGCGGAUAGUGGGUAUUGCGGUAGUGGCAGUGCCGGUGGUAGCGCCAAGGUGCAGAUCGUUUCAAUGCAAGAAAGUAAGGCAAGGGAACAGGAUCUAAUGAAGCUCAAGUCAGUGGAGAUAUUAAUUUCUUUGCAAACAAGAAAGACGCCAUAUUUAAGACAAAAUUUUUUUUUAUUAAUAAGAGGAUUAAAAAAAAUUAUAACGGAUGAAAUAACGAUAGUUAAAGUAAUCGAUUUGGUAGUCAUUUUAACUUUAUUUGGUUUCUUAUGGUUAAAAACAUUUAAAGAAGAUACAGAAGAAGGUAUAAUAGAUACUAUUGGUGCAAUAUUUUUUAUCCUUUCUUAUUGGACAUUCUAUCCAGCUUAUUUGUCUUUAUAUUCUUUCCCAUCAGAAAGAGAAGUAAUAGCGAAAGAAAGAAAUAUGAAAACCUUUCAAGUUAGUAAUUAUUUUUUUUCAAAAUUGUGUGCAGAAUUUAUUUAUUUUUUUAUUAUAAUAGCUUUUUGGAUGCUUGUAACACAUUUAGUUCUCUAUGGCACUUUUAAGGUAGGUAUAUAUAUAAGUUAUGCAAUUGUUACUUUGUUAAAUGCUCUUAUUAGUUGUUCAUUGGGAUAUUUUAUAUCAACAUUAUUUGAUAAUUUCAGUAAAGCUGUAAGCUUUUUAUCGGUUGUUCUUUUAACUAUGACUUUAACUAAUGGAUUUUAUGUAGAAAUUGCAAAAUUACAAAUCCCAUUUAGAUACUUACAAUGGUUAUCUUAUCAAACAUAUUCUGCUUCUAUACUAGCAAAGAUCAAAUAUGACAAUGCUCUUAUUAAAUGUUCUCCAGAAAAUUUAUCUCAACAAUGUAAAAAUCAUGGCGUAUUUCCUGGUAAUGUAAUUAUAGAUAAGCGAUUUGCCAAAUUACAUAUUUCCAUUUCGGUCCUUAUUUUAAUUUCCUUCUAUGUGAUUAUUAAAAUAUCCACUUACAUUUCUUUGCGGUGGUCCCAUGCCCUAAAAAUGAAGUAA